AUGAAUUGUGUCUCAUGUUCAUGUUCUUUCCGGUGGUUUUCCGAUGACCACCAAUCAAACUUCCGAUCACAAUCGUUUUCCCAAGAUUCUUUCAAUUCUUCCUUCUCCUCCAGAUCAAGCAUUCCACCCUCAAUCUCCGCCCUCAUCCCACCACCAUCAACCACCGUCCACCACCACUGCGUCUCCACAUUCCAACCCAACUCUUCUCAUAUCCUCUCUCUCACCCUCGCCGGAAACCUCCUCUUCAGCGGCUCAUUCAACGCCCAAAUCCACCUCUGGCCCCGCCACCCCACCACCGUCGUCGGCGAUCAAUUCAUCACCAUUCCCUGUACCUCCGCCGUCAAAUCUCUGCAAAUCCUCAACGACAAUACCCUAAUCACUGCCCACCAAGAUCACAAAAUUCGAAUAUGGAAAAUCGACGAGCUCAAAAUCAUAACGACUUUACCAACCCUAAAAGAUCGAUUAACCAAAAUUCCGUUUGCUAAAAACUACGUUCAAAUUCGCCGGCAUAAGAAGCUCACCUGGAUUCAUCACAUCGACGCCGUGUCUUCAUUGGCGGUGUCGAUUGACAGAUCUCUGAUCUACUCCGCUUCAUGGGAUCGGAGUUUUAAGGUUUGGAGGAGCUCCGAUUUCAAGUGUUUGGAAUCGAUUUCAAACGCACACGACGACGCCAUUAACGCCGUCGUGGUAUCCGGCGACGGAUUCGUGUACACAGGCUCAGCAGAUAAGAAGAUCAAAGUAUGGAGGAAUAAUAGAAGAGAUAAAAAACAUGAACUCGUCGAUUCACUGGAGCACCAUAAAUCGGCAGUGAAUGCUUUGGAUUACGAUAAUAAUGGAUCUGUGUUAUACUCCGGCGCAUGUUCCGGUGUGUUGAUAGCAAGCGAGAGAAACUCCGGCGGCGGAGAUGGCGGACAUAUGGUGGUGGUUGGAGGACUUUUGGGGCAUAAAAAGGCGAUUCUGUGUGUGAGAGUUGUGUCGGAAUUGGUGUGUAGUGGAUCUGCUGAUAAGACGGUGAGGUUAUGGCGGAGAUCGGUGGGAAAAAGCUAUUCAUGUUUGGGUGUUUUUGAAGGUCACGGUGGUCCGGUGAAGUGCUUGGCCAUGGCUGCCGAAAGCUCCGGCGACCAUGAUGAUGAUGAUGAUGAAGGAAGUGGGUAUACGGUGUAUAGUGGUAGUUUGGAUGGUGAUAUUAAAGUAUGGAAGGUUUGGGUUCCUUUCGCCAUGGAAAAAGCUUCCAUGCAUAUUUGAUAAAAAAAAC